AUGGGGCGUAUCUUCAUCCCUGAAGAAGAUUAUAUCAUGAAAAUAGGCAGAGACCAGGAGUGUCAUUGUCAUUUUGGUCCUAUUAAGGAACGCGUCGAAGCAAACAGAGACAUUCUGAGAUCCAUAGCCAAAACACUGUUGACGUGCGCACAACAAAACGUGCCAAUAAGAGGAAAGACUGAAGAACGAUCAAAUGUUUCCGCGUUUCUUCGGUUGUCAGCAUCUCACACUGUGACUCAGCACAUUGUGAAGGGCCCAAGAAACGCUCAAUAUAAAUCGCCUCUCAUUCAGAAUGAAUUACUAGACCUGAUGGCCAAACAAGUCCAAGAAAGCAUUAUUCGUGAAUGCAAAGCUGUCCUGUAUUUCUCCAUCCUGGCCAACGAAACGGCAGAUGUCAAUAACACAAUGCAAGUCUCCCUUUCCCUCCGCUACGCAGAUUCCACAUUUCAAGUGCAAGAGAAGCUUGUCACUUUUGCCAGCACUGAGGCAACAACCGGCGAAGCGCUAGCUUUAGCAGGUCUGAUAACAUCUACCAUCAUGGACUUGGAUCUCGACCUUGAGAAUCUCGUCGGGCAGGGCUAUGACGGAGCCGGAUUCGUCGCUCCUCUUUUUAUCGUGCAUUAUCGCCUACUACGGUACACUGUCCCUCUGUGCAAGCUGCUUCGAUCAGCAGACAGACUGUGA